GAAUUGACAGUUAAAUGACAGAGUAAAGUUUACUUUUUUUGUUGACGGGUAUCAACUGUUCCCCAGGUGAAUACCUAAAGGAAUUACAUAUUCGAAGUUUGAUAUUCCAUACAGAACGUCUUCCUCAAAUAUGCCACCGAAAUUAAAAUUUUCCGACGGAGAAAAAGUUUUAUGUUUUCAUGGACCUCUAAUAUAUGAAGCCAAAUGUUUGAAAUCAACCAUUACCAAAGAAAAACAAGUCAAAUAUUUUAUACAUUACGCUGGUUGGAACAAAAAUUGGGAUGAAUGGGUUCCUGAGAGCAGGGUGUUGAAAUAUAAUGAAGCUAAUGUUGCUAGGCAGAAGGAAGUUCAAAAAGCUCAUUCAGCACAACAAAGUAAAACGAGGAAAGUAACCAAGAAAACCAGUGCUGCAAAAAGCGAAGUUGCAAAAGAUGGAGAUUCUAGAGCAAGUACUCCAGUAGCAGAGGUAACUAAAGGUAAGAAGAAAGAAGUACCACCCACUCCUUCCAGUGGUCAAGAGUCAAGUUCAGAUGUCCCAAAAAAGAAAAGGGGACGUUUAGAUCCAUCUGUUGAAGCAGAAGAACAAUUUCUAAGUAAAGUUGAAGUCAAAGUGAAAAUUCCUGAUGAAUUGAAACCUUGGCUAGUAGAUGAUUGGGAUGUAAUUACUAGACAAAGAAAAUUGUUCAAUCUACCAGCUAAAACUAGUGUAGAUCAAAUAUUGGAAAAUUAUUUAAGUUACAAGAAGUCUACAAAAUCCAAUAAUUCUAGUAAAGAAUCUGCUACAAUUGAAAUAGUGAAAGGUAUCAAAGAAUAUUUCAAUGUUAUGUUAGGCACACAGUUGCUGUAUAAAUUUGAAAGACCACAGUAUGCGGAAAUUCUUCAAACUUAUCCUGAUAAACCAAUGUCAGAAAUAUAUGGAGCUUUUCAUUUACUACGCUUAUUUGUAAAAUUAGGUGCCAUGCUAGCUUAUACACCAUUAGAUGAGAGAAGUGUUCAAUUGCUUAUUCAAAAUGUGCAAGAUUUCUUGAAAUAUAUGAUAAAAAACAGCGCACAAUUAUUCAGUCUUCAAGACUAUGGAAACGCUUCACCCGAGUACCACAGAAAAGCUCUGUGAUAUAAGGAGGAUCUAGAUUGGGACAGUUGCGAUUAGAUUAAAAGUUCCAAAAAGGUUUUUUUUUCAUUGAAGUUCAUUGUAUAUUCUUUGAACAUUGAGAAUAGUAUUUACAGAAACACAUUUUAUUCUAAAUUAAAAUAUUCUUGUUACAUUUCAACAAAUGAUAAAAAAAAUGCUAUUUGAGGAUAGUAAAGGUUUUAAAUUAAGUUGAAUGUAUCCAACAUUAACAAGAUUUUUAUGUUCUGUUGUUUUAACUAAGUUUGAAUUCAUACUUUUACUACUGCUACACCUACUGAACAUACUGUUUACUGCUACCAUUACACUAACACUCACAAUUACACUGUCCCGCUUAAGUUUCGAUAACAAAGUUAUCAUCUUCACGUAAAUUGUGUGUUGGUGUUGAAGCAGUAUGAAUAUCAUCAACAGUUCUAGAAAUUAUACCUUACCACGAUAAUGCUAGGGUUUUGGUAACAUCAUAUGAUAGUUGUUAAUAAUUGCUGUCUUCACGGUGACCAAACUAUUUCCUAUAAAGUGGUACAGAAUUUAUUCAGUACUCAUUAGAGAGGAGGCCUUGUAUUGGUGGAAAAAGGAUGAUUUGGACAUUAUUAUUAAAUUUGGAUGAUGAAGAGUCAUUGAAAGACGAAAACAAUGGUUUGGAGAAAAGUGUGAUGUUUAAUAAUACCGAGGGUAAAAAUUUAGGCAAUACUUUCGCUUGAUACCCUGUAUUAGUUGAUUAUGUAAUAAUACGUUCAACAACUGUUUAUCACCGCUAUGACGACCAUCAUGCAACUGACAUUAUAGUGACACUAUAUUUUUUAGGAAACUUGAUCCAAUGGUUUAUAAAGAUAAUAAUAGCUGGAGGCGUGGAAGUUAUGCUAAGCUGCGACGCUGUAUCGAACUUAUUUUUGCAUGGUGUUUCCCAAAGUGUUAAUUGUUUCUUUAACAAGUAAUUUUACGCUCGUAAAAAAAAGUCUGUUGUUAUACUGCUCUAGCUAUUGUGUUAUGGCUCAACCAAAUCUGGUACAACACAAUACCCUUGAUUUAUUUUUGCUUUUCCUGAUAACUUCCCGGUGUAUGUUUACUAAAGGGACAAUUUCUCAGGUUGAUUCUUUUCUACAUAUCAGUCUCCCAGCUUUGAUCUAAUUUGACCUUCUAACUGGUAACUACUGUUUUUGUUUGUUUGGAUUUUUUUCAUUCCAGUUAUGUAAUACCUAAGGGAUUCUUCGUUGGUGUGAAGGUAAAUUAACUCUUUCAUUUGGGUCGAAAGAACUAAUAACGUCAUACAAAAACGAAUAUUAGUCUAGUCAAAGAGUGCUUUUUAGGCCAAAACUUUUUUGCCGGCUCCUAAAAUAUGGUUAAGGUGUCAUUCGCUUCUUAAUCGCAUGUAGAAAGUUGUAGAAAAGAUGCGCUCGCAAAAAUUACAUAAGUUAGGUAAUUAACUAAUAAAAAGGGGGUUUGUUUUUUGCUUAUAUCUCAAAAACUAUUUUAGAUAUUCUGAAUCUGAAAAAAGAUUUGAAAAGCGGAGGUAAUUUACUAUUGAGGACUGAAAAUACGUCCGAAAACGGGUAUUCGGGUUAGCGCAACAAAAAAUAUUGAAAUUUUGAUUUGAAAAAAUUUAGGAACUGACAGGAUAGAUCAACAACAAAAUAAUCCACUGGCAAAAAAUGUUAAUCGCGAUUUUUCAAUAAGUUAUGCAUUUGCUAAUUAACAAUCUCUUGUAUAUUGUAAGUGAGGUAAUUGCUAAACUACAAAUCUAAAUUUUUUUUCUAUUUGUGGAGCCAUUCUUUGAAGGUUUUAGAACAAAUUGCCGUCGAUAGAAUGAAAAAAUUGUAAAUUUUCUCAUUGUUAUUAACAAUCAUAAUUUGUAUCAGUGAUUAUAUUUUCAAAAAGAAUUUUUCAAUUAUCUUAUAAAUAGUCCAUUUGUUUAUAACAAUUUAUUAAACAAUAAAAGAUAAAAAUUAUACAAAAUCAUUUUUCGAUGGCUCGUUAAUAAAAAAAAAGAAUUAAUUAAUAUUAUGAAAAAAAUUAUAAAUAUUGGUCCUACAGUUCCAGGAGCUGGGACUUCGAAUAUUUUUUCAGAUUCAGAAUAUCUCAAAUAGUUUUACAGUUAUAAGAAAAAAACCAAACCCCCUUUUUCCAUUUAAUUGUUUAUAAAUUUUGUAAUUUUUGCGAGCGCAUUCUGAAUUUAUCCAAAAACUCUCUACAUGCGAUUACGAAUCGAAUGACACCUCAAUCAUAUUUUUAGAAGACGGCGAAAAAGUUUUGACCUAAAAAGCACUUGUUGACUAGACUAUAUAGCAGGGCCCAAAAAUUGAUUUGAUUUUAAUUAAAGUACACAUCACAUUAUGCGGUUUAAAAAUUUAGAUUCUACUUUUACUAUAUAUGGCAAUACUGUAAAUAUUUUUUGUUUAAUACAUUAUUAAAUCAACUGAAUUUGUAUAGUAUGUUAUAGUCCUCAUUGCAUUUAUUUAUUUAUCAAGUGAGAAAGUUGGCAUUUUCUAGCAAAGAGAAGCUUAUUAAAGUUUUUAUAUUUGUGAUUUUUCAUUGAGACGAACCAUGUCUAUGGCUUUACUUUUAGGUUCUGUUAAAUUUAUUAGCUGUAAAUUUAUGUGUUUCUUACUUACUUUUCAAAGUUAUAGAACUGAAAUAGUUAUUGUCAAAAUGUUAUAUAUAAAUAGACCAAUUUUACUAAAAA